GCGGGGCAAACCGCCAGAUACGCAGGGAUGAGCUGACUGCCACGGACAUGGCGCGUGGAAGGAGCAUGGGUCGAAGAAAGAAAGCGGAUAACUUCGCCUUUUAGACGUAGGGAAUAAUGCUGAUUGAAGACGAUGAGAUCUGGGAUUAAAUAUUUCGGCGAAUUGGCGGGGAUCGUGAGUCGUACUUGUAGUUACUGGCUGAUUGAUUGAUAAGAUUAACUAGGGAGUUCCGCGGCUCUGUCCAAACCUUAAUACCCAGCAGUAGUUCAUCACCUACAAAAGCCCACAACGAUUGACUAGACUAUCCCCGCUUAUUCUUUUUCAUCACGCGUGUCCAUGGAGACGUAAGAAAUAUAUAAAUACCACUCAGCUAUCCAGGCCAUGGAACCCCAAGAGGAGGUGCUGGAGGACUCUGUGGCCCCGAAAUACCGGCGCGCAAAGCCUCUCCCCUUCGAAUUGAGCCGACACUGCAACAUUUACUUCGAAGAAAAACUGUACCAUCAAGCUCUCCAUCUUCUCCUAAGCCUUCUCUCAUCAGGUACUAUCGCGUCAGGCCCUGCGUUCGUACCAACCACCCAGCAGCUUGCGGUUGCGGCAACUCUAGUCGUUCAUCCCUCCACCACAACUCUCGCAAAGUCGCGGGAAGCUGCGCACGCGUCUACUACUGCUUUGCAACUUUUGCGCCUUACCAAUAAGCUAGUGGGACCUUUGGCUGCACAAUUCGGGAGUGCAUUUGCUUUUACGCGUUAUGCUUCCUCGCGCCAUAGGGGGUCGCGUCGCAAAAACGAUGGGAGCGAGGGAGCCGGCGCUCCAGGUAUGGAUUCGUACCCGGGCCUUAUUAACAUGGAUAUUGCUCGUCGUGGGUCUAUCUGGUUUCAAUCUGAAGAUUUCUGGUCUGCUGUUGGAUGGGCCUUUAAUUGUGCCGUUCUUUAUCCCAAGCGCUGGUCUAGAUGGAGGGUCUGGCUGGAGUUUAUGUGUGACGUGUUGGAAGACGACUGGGCAGAGAGAGAAAAGUUGAUCGAUAGCUCGAAAAAUGGGGUAGGAGCACUAUCUUCUGAUGAUACUCUCCGCCAGAGCUUAAUUUUUAAGUAUAUCUCGGGUACGUCGGGAGUGUCCAGCCAGCAUCGAAGAAUCGUUCGAGCUAUUUUCGCGGACGGGAAUCAGGCGUCGCUGAACGAAUUUAAGAUGAUAUUCCGCAACGAACUAAAGGAACCAGAAAAGGACAAGGAUCAUCUGAAGCGGCGUGAAGCGGAUGUGAACGUUGACGAAGGUAUAUUUGGGGACUACCUUGCAAGAGACGAAGAUGACGUUGACGAAGAAAAUGACGCCGUUUACACGGGGGAUACCAGGCCAUCGCGUCCGAAACGAUCGAGAACUACAGCACCAACUCCAUUUUCGAGGUCGGCCGAGAAUCUCGAUAUGCAUCCGUCGUACAAGUCAUCAAGUAUCACACAUUCGGGCCAGGAAACACUGCUGGGUGACGUAUCGGCUAUUGGUCUUCGGCAGCGCCUUAUGCAGAUUUUGUCCCGAGUUUCAGAUGCUCUCCCGGAGGAUUAUAUGACAGUCGAAGACUUGUAUCAGCUCUUUGGGGAGUUUGUCCGUCCACUGUCCCUCCCCACAUUUCAGCUCCUGGUAUCAUGUCCGAUGUUGUCUAAUUUUGCCGAUAACGCGCGAACUACUUUGUGCAAGACGAUUCUUUCACUUUUACUUCACCAACACCCUAAUUCAGAACAGACGUACAUCAACCAAUCUACACUAGAGAAAUAUUAUCUGCCAUUUGCCGCUAACACGAACGAUGCCAUUGAAAAUGCGAAAGUAUCGAUACUUCUCGAGACCUUACUACUGCUAUUAGCCUCUAAUGACAUGUUACAAGUCCAGCCAUCCUUGAGAGCCGCAAUCCAAAAGGGAAUUAUUGCAAGAGCUGAUAAAGCGCAGAGUGACGCCAAAAAGAGCCAAGAUAAAAGGAAAUUAGACGAAAUUGGUUGGGCUUGGCUGAUUGAAAGCGGCGAACGAAUCACCUAUCUGGUGGACAAGCUAUUAUCGUCAGAGAUGGAAGGGCAGACCGAUACUGAAUAAACUACGUCAUUUUCAAUUCUAUCUAUGGCCAUAACCUUCAGGCUUGGGUCAAAUAUUUAAACUACAUAUCUUAAGUAGGCAAACUAUACCUCCGCCUCCUAACUCCAUGAACAAAGGUACAUUUUUCUCCUGGGUGGUUCAUCGCGGCUAUGGAAACUUUUUAUCCAAAUAUAUGCGUUCCUCGGGUGAGAUAUCCAGAAAGCAAGGAAGAGCUGAUAUCCCUUUUUCCAAACUAGAAAUAAGAUUCGAUUGAGCUUCUUCCAACUGAGCAAGGAAAAUUCCCCACAUUUCUUCCCUCGGCGCCGAUGGCUUCUCAGGCUUGACAGUUUCUAUUUUCCGGCUGCGAUGCGAGGCUCUGGCUUCCAUGAGAUCCACCAGAGUCGUCCAUUCCUCGUAUGUCAAUCGGGAACGUACUGCUUGGCUCGCCGGACUAUUUAGUUUAAUUCCGCGAGUGUCUGGAGCAUGCGUAACAUCAGCCGGCUUUGAGAUGUCGGGGAGUUGCAGCUUCCACUCGAUGAGUAAGGCCCUAUACAGGUUGUUCCUACCCCAAGAAACAAUCCAACUUUCUCGUCGUUGAUCUCCGGAGGUUUUCUUCCAGUGCUCCAGGGUGACCUUCUCUCUGGCCUUCAUCUCUUUCUGUACCUCCUCAAGCAAUUCAAGCAGGUCGAAUGCGUUACGUGUGGCGUUUUUAUAUAUCUUCAUCCGCAGAUCUUGCAGGGUAUUAGGGAAAUCUUGUCCAGUCGGAAGCCAUCUAAAGCCGGUUCCUGGCUUCAUUUCUCCGAACCUGGUGUGGUCGAAAUGCGCGCAGACCACCAGUGCGAUUUGGUUGAAGUAUCUAGGUUUAAGCGAUGCUAAUGGGACAUACGGGUCGCUACCAGCUAUGAUGCUCCAUUCCCACGACAGUUUCUCCUGAACUAUGGCUGCUAGAAUUGCUCGUUUGCGCUCAUCGAACAAUCGUUGGAAGCUUGUUGCGGAGAGAGGGAGGUAUCGCAGCAAAGUCCUAAUGCCUGAAAUGUCCGCGAAUGCGAGGAUAUGGAUUUUUAUGUCGGCUGGCAGCCUGCUGAGGCGACAAUUAGCUGCCACCUCAUCUUGGAGCUCCCUAUUCGUCAGCUGUGCUUCGCGCCUCCGAGACGCUCUUAGUUGUUCGAUAUUGCCAAACAUUGGCAUUUUUACGCGACUUUCGACAAUGACAAUACGUUCCCUUAGAGAUGAGCAAGCAGCAAACGGUUUCAACUGCGGGCGCCAGUCAGAGACCUUGUCGGUAAUUAAAUUUGUGCCUUAAUAACCGAAUAUAAUGUCAGGGAUCGCGGAGAGAUCUUGUGUUGUUACCACUGAGAUCGUUAGUUGUUGGACGGAAAAAUCCUGAGAAACAAUCCCUUCUGGAAUGCAGGAAGAACAUACCAGGUAUACGGUGGAAAGUAAAGGAUAUUGCAAGUCUUAAUAUACGUUGAUAUAAAAGUACCUGGCGAUGUAUUUCAAAUUGAGGACUUCCACUCGCAUAUAAAUAAUACUCGCAUAUACAUAGUACAUUAUUCAAAGGGAGACUACAGUGCUUAUCGAUGUAUUUGAGCCGUCCUACUUGUUUCUCUUCUUCCCAGCCAGGACAGUACAAUGCCAGGCCCCAUUGGUUAAAACAAAGAAAAAGUCCCCGGUGCGAAUGUUCUUUACUUACCUUCCAACGCCUAGUUGGUUGAAGCAAGAAUGAGUUGGCCAACAUAAUAAGCACUCUCUUAUACAAGAGGACCCGUCAGUUCGACAAAGGGACCUGUCUUUUACUCCAAUUGGUGUGAACUGCGAUCAAGCUUGGGGGCCGGGAUACGGUCAAUGAAGCAUCUACUUCAUAUUUCGCGAAGAAAGAGUUUUUAAAGCUGGGAGUUCCCUCCAAGAACACCUUGGAUAACUGAUAGGAACGUCAAAAAGCCGAACAUCCUUGGUGAUUAACAUGAAGAGCUGACCAGAUCCCACUAACUGAACUAUUCUUUCUGUUAAGAUUUGGUCUGGAAUAUUUAGAUAAUUAACCAAUUUCCGAAGAUUACUCCUCCGCUCUUCAGUUGAGUUUCAUGCUUGGCUAGCAAGGUUCAGGUUAAAGAAACCAUGCAGCCUUCAUAAAUCUGUCAACAAGAAAAACGGUAGUAAUCGAAGCGAUCCUUUUUGUUUACAAAGAAAGGUCAUGAAUAAAUUGAUGAACUCGAAAGAAUUUUCCUUGUCUGAAUUUCUUGAAAUCCUUAACCAAAAGCUGCUCCCGGAUGACUUGGCCAUCCUUUUGCGACCAUGCGGAUCAGGUCCAUUGACCGAAUUCACGAAAUAUACGGCGAGGGGCUUUUUUCCCCCGCCGCCUCUUCGUCCACAACUUGAGAAAACAGUUUGACUGUUCAUCCGAAAGUCGUCUUUGAAACAUCGAUUCAUUCAAUAUGCGAUGACUCUGGCAUGAUGCUGACAGAACACCCAUCGCAUCGAAUAUGCAGUAACGAUUUGAAGGAAACGAGGUCAAGAGGCAUUCCCACUGCAUCCGCGAAUGAAAGUACGCGGACAGAAAGAAAACGUGCUAGUCACAAGACAAGAGGACGAGCAAUACAGAUAAGAGCAGCUUCUUCUAUGUCUACAAGUGCAGCAAUGAAGGCAACGAUAGAUUUUGCGCAUGCUCCAUGAGCCCGGUGAAAUCCGGUAACUAUUCUAGCCACAAGCUCAGCGCUCAGCCUUAGCGACGGGACAACGACCUUCAAAGCUUAGAGGAUGAGCUAGAGAUCGCUUUUGAUGCAAUUUAGCCGCUUGAAUCAAAUCGGAGACCGCUAUUACCCAUCGAGAUGUUGCGCCUGGGCAUAGUAAAUACAUUUUUUCCGGAACAAUUUACCAUGUCCUGAGGCAAACUCUGGCUAAAAUCUUAAAUCAGGUAUCGACAUAGACGUUCGAACCGCCGGACUGCAGCCAGAGAGAAUCCAUCUAGAAAACCCCAAGGCAACAGCCAAGGGAAUCAUCAUUCGAGCCCCUCACCCAGCGAUCGGCGGCUUUGCGAUUUUGAUAAGGAAUCUCAAUACAAUACGAUAUCAACACGGGAUCUCCGCAGAUCCUGCAACUGACAGGUCAAGAUCUGCAUCUGAUGCCACCAUUACCGUGCACUUACCCUCCUGCGACCAAGGCCGGGCCAUAUGAACGGCGGCUAACGCAUGCUACUUAGCCUUAUUCCAGCUAGUGCAGGUCCAGAGGAUAAUCGAAAGAUGUGGUUGGUAAGAUAGAUCUAUUGAUAAAUCCAAUACGAUACAUACCCAACAUGCAGUCUGGUUUGCUCCUAGCCCAUCAAACGUCACUUCCCAGCGCAUGUCAUUCGCAUUCGAAUCCCAUAAAGCGAUUAACUACUCUCCCUACAGGCGAAAAUUAACCCUUCGAAAAACCACGGUGCAAAAGGUAUUGCUUUCGGGCCCCAAGGGCACAUACACGAACAGAAUUCCCAAUUCUGGAGCCAACUCGAGCGCGUGCCAUCAGUGGCGCGUUCUGUUGGUAAUCGUAAAUGCGACGUUACCGGCAACAUGACUUCCAUAGGCUUUAUAAUGUUCAUUCUUCAUUCGGAUCUAACGGAUCUAUGGCAGCCAUUGCAAAGCGGAGAAUCAUCACAUACGAGGCUAUCUCGAGUUCUUACCGCCAUGGGGACAGGGAUUUAUUUAUACUCCUUCACGCCACCACACCCGAUCACGUCCCGAUUUUCACUGCCCGCUUGCAAGGCUUCUUAUUAUUAUUCGUCAACAUUGGCUUGAACCCCGCCGCAGCGUUAUCUAAUCCGAUGUAACAGCGGAUUGGCCGUUGGCGUUGGGUGGGGUGUGGACAAAGUCUCCGAUGUGACUGUGACUUAUGCAUUUAAUAUUGCCCAAUACAGAGUAUGUAUGUAUGGCGUCGAUCCAGUUGAGGAAUUUGGUUAUUUCUCGUCAGGAAUACUCCGUAGUGCUUGGAUGUUUUACUCUGUAAUAAAAUUGGGACUUCUGCCUGAGCAAUUAAUAAUAUUGGUUGGGUACGGUACCAACAUCGCAAGCAUAGUUGACAUCUUAACCUGGGGGGUGCAUUCAAAGUUUAAUUAUAUACGAGCUUCUAUCGAUCUAUGUACAUACAUGUACUAGUAAUUGCAAGAAGUUGAUCAUAACGGAUACAAUACGAUGCGCGACACGACAGGCAAUGCGAUCAAUGGCAAAGAUUACCAAUCCUCAGAAUAAUCCUAACGACUGGCUACUCGCUAGUUUAGCGUCGGCGACGCCUCGGAUUUUGUGCUAGCCCAAGCUUCAUACUGUGAGCUGUUAAGGAAGUCGAUAUAUCCAACUGGGGAUUUUGGCGUAUAAAGCGUUCUUCGGUUGUACGGCGUGAAAGGUAUGUGAUUGAAAGCACGGAAGGGCAGGUCUGGGUUCGAUGUAUAAAAUCGGCCGAAUGCGAUGGCGAUGCGUUGACCCUUGAGAUUUUCAAUUCUUCGAUUAGCAGUCUCGGGGCGGAACCCUCCAGCGAGGAUUACUGGCCCGGAAUUCGCGUAUGCGUCGACGACAAAAUCCGUGCUCUGAUAAGCUCCUUCACACGAUUCCGGACCGCUGACCCGGCUCUCCACCACGUGCAAAUACGCCAAUUUGAUCUUUGCUAGGUUUUGAACAAGUUUUCUCACAUCCAAUGGCUUCUGAAACUGCCUUAGCCACUUCGAUGCCGAAUCUUGAUCGAUUCUCGAUGCUUCCACCCCAACGGUCAUUGCGGUUGUUACAUGUAUCCUGCAAGAACUGAUCGCAAAGGUAUCCAUUGGCUCCGUGAAUCUCCACUCCGUCAAAGCCAGCUUCCAUGGCAUUCUUUGCCGCUUGAACAUAGUCUCCGAUGAACUCUUGGAUUCCGUUUUCAUCUAGUGGCGUAGGAACAGCGCUUUCCUUAGAAAUGGGGAUGUCACUGCUAGAGACCACUGGAUGGCCAUCUUCAGUCAAGACUCGCGAGUCUGCCGCCCUUCCCAAAGCCCACAAUUGACAGAAGAUAAAACUGCUUUUGGCAUGGACUACAUCGGUGAUCUCUUUCCAUGCUCUAAUUUGCUCAUCGUUAUAUAUCCCAGGCACAUUGUCGAAACCUCCCGCGCGGGGCGAAAUAAAAGUGCCUUCCGUGAUUAGCAACGUUCCUGGAACCGAAGCGCGGUCUGCGUAAUACUCCUUAACGAAUGAAAGAGGGACAUGAUUGUCAUCCGCGCGAAAUCUAGUUAAUGGCGCCAGAACGAUACGAUGUUGCAAAGUAAUAUUGCCGAUCUGGAGUGGACUUUGUAUAUUCUCCAUAUUUUGGAUUGACCGAGAGCGAAAGAAUGUCAGGAGCCUGUUUCGCCGAUUUUACCGCUGAUGCAUAUAUGUUCUGCGUAGAAGAGUAGAGAAGUGGUUCAGAUUUCACCCACCAGGGUAGAGUAAUGAUCAACGUCGAAACUUUGAACAACGUUACGUGAAAUCUGGCACUCGUGGCAAACAAAUAGAGCAUGGGGUGCGCUUUCACCGCUUGCACCGGAAGGAUUAAUCCUUGGGGUGGGGCCACCCAUCUUGAUUUCAAAGCAGAUUUAUCCUCUAACAAAUAAGCUGCCGUCCUCUUCAAUUUUCCAAUGCUGAGCAGCAGGCAUAUAAUCCUUUUUGCGGAUGUGAAGGGGAAGGGAGCUUUAAAUAGGAAUCCAUAGGGCUUUCAAGGGUAGUUAAGAGUAUAUAACCACGUGGAAUUUACUCUAGAAAAAUCGUGGCCCCU